UGUGUUUUUGUGUGUGUGUGUGUGUGAGAGAGUGUUUGUAGGUGCUGCUGCCGCUGGCUGUGUGGGGGACCCAGCUGUGAGGCCGUGGCCAGGGUGGAGCUCAGGAUGGAGGAGGGUGACCUGGGGAGGAGAGGCCGUGGCCGUGGUGCAGCUCCAGUCCGCCACCUGCUGGUGAUGCAGAGGAUGACGAGAGCCCAGCAGGUAGCGGUCGGCGUCUGAGCGGGGCAAGAAGUCGGAUCAGGCAGUGGACGGCGUGGAGAGCGGGUCGGAGGAGGUGACGCCGAGGCCCUGAUCCGGAGGGCCGAUUGAGAGGAGGCGAGCGAGGGCGACUCCAGGCAGCGUUCCUGUCCUAAUAAAAACAUGCACGUGUUAUUCCUGGCUGGGCUUCUAUUGGUGGUGUGGUUCUGGUUCAAGUCAUGUGGCAGAAGAAUGGCAUGGAGGACUUCAAGGUGCAGUCCAGGAUGUGGGAGACGAUCUGGAGCGAUGUCUGAAAUCAGAGUGUGUAGCAUUGCCUGCAGAAGUGGGACUCGAUGCAGCCACGGCCAGGGCGGAGUCAAGGUGCUGCUGGCUCUGGCUGUUUGGGGAGGGACCUAAGUGUCAGGUGAUGGCCUGGGCGGAGUUUUAGGAUGCAGGAUGGAGGAGGGAGACCAGGAGAGGCGAGGAGGAGUGUUUGUAUGGUGCUGCUGUCGGCGGCCCUGUCGAGGAGGGGUCGAGGCUACGGCCAGGGCGGAGCUCAGGACGGAGGAGGGCGAUCAGCAGAGAAGACUAAGAGGGGUGCUGCGGAGUCGAGGGGAGCUUUCGACGGCGAGGCCAGGGCGGAACUCAGGACGGAGGAGGGCGAUCAGCAGAGAAGACCAAGAGGGGCAAGUACAAAGUCUUUGGUCUCAAGCAUGCCAGGAAAGUAGCUAUAUUUUGUUUAACUGUUUAUGUAGAAGUGUUGUUCUGUGUGUGCUUGACUGUGUGCAGGUGCUGUUGAGUUUGGCUGCGUCGAGGGGAGAUUCCGACGGCGAGGCCGGGGCGGAACUCAGGACGGAGGAGGGCGAUCAGCAGAGAAGACUAAGAGGGGCAAGUACUAAGUCUUUGGUCUCAAGCAUGGCAGAAAAAUAUAUAUGUAUGUUUAUUGAACUAACUAUGUUGAAGUGUUGUUCUUUGUGCUUGAAUGUGUGCAGGUGCUGCGGAGUCGAGGGGAGCUUUCGACGGCGAGGCCGGGGCGGAACUCAGGACGGAGGAGGGCGAUCAGCAGAGAAGACCAAGAGGGGUGCUGCGGAGUCGAGGGGAGCUUUCGACGGCGAGGCCAGGGCGGAACUCAGGACGGAGGAGGGUGAUCAGCAGAGAAGACCAAGAGGGGUGCUGUUGAGUUUGGCUGAGUCGAGGGGAGCUUCCGACGGCGAGGCGAGGGCGGAACUCAGGUGUGCUGUCUUGCUGCUCUAUGAGGAAGCGGUGUUGGUGCUUCAUGAUGUUGAUCGGUCGUGUGUCCAUGUGUUUGUGUUUUUCAGGACGGAGGAGGGCGAUCAGCAGAGAAGACCAAGAGGGGCAAGUACAAAAUUUUUGGUCUCAAGCAUGGCAGAAAAAUAUAUAUGUAUUUUUUUUGAACUAACUAUGUUGAAAAGUGUUGUUCUUUGUGCUUGAAUGUGUGCAGGUGCUGCGGAGUCGAGGGGAGCUUUCGACGGCGAGGCCGGGGUGGAACUCAGGACGGAGGAGGGUGAUCAGCAGAGAAGACUAAGAGGGGCAAGUACAAAGUCUUUGGUCUCAAGGAUGGCAGAAACAUAACUAUAUUUUGUUUAACUGUGUAUGUUGAAGUGUUGUUGUGUGUGUGUGCUUGACUGUGUGCAGGUGCUGUUGAGUAUGGCUGAGUCGAGGGGAGAUUCCGAUGGCGAGGCCAGGGCGGAACUCAGGGUGGAGUAGGGCGAUGAGCAGGGAAGACCAAGAGGGUUGAGGAGGUUUGAGUGUCUUGUGAGG